AUGUCGUCCAACACAAAUCCCGAUCCCGCCGCCACUGCGCCGGCCUUCAUCCCCCUCGAAGCCAAUCCUCAGCUGCUCACGACGCUCAUCCACAAGCUCGGCGUGUCGCCCGCGCUGCAGAUGCACGAUGUCUACUCCCUGACCGAUCCAGACAUGCUCGCCUUUAUUCCGCGCCCGGCUCUGGCACUUCUACUGGUGUUCCCGAUAUCAGCCGUGUACGAGAGCCACAGGAUGGCAGAGGAUAGCUUGGCGACCGAGUACAACGGCACGGGGGACAAGGAGCCGGUGCUGUGGUGGAAGCAGACGAUUCGAAAUGCGUGUGGACUGAUGGGGCUGCUACACGCGGUGACAAAUGGACCUGCAAGGGAGUUUAUCACCGAGGGAUCUACACUCGACGACAUCAUCAAGAGGAGCACCCCCCUCCACGCCGCCGACCGCGCCAGGGUAAUCGAGCAAACACCCGCCCUGGCCGACGCACACAAGGCCGCCGCCACCGAAGGAGACACUCCUGCUCCCGACGCCCAAGACGACGUGGACCUGCACUACGUGUGCUUUGUCAAGGGCAACGAUGGUAAUCUGUGGGAGCUCGACGGACGGAGAAAGGGGCCCAUCAACAGAGGGCCUCUGAACGGUGAUGAGGAUGUGCUGAGCGAGAAGGGACUGAAUCUGGGGGUGUUGAAGUUUUUAGAGAGGGAGGGAGGGGAUUUGCGGUUUAGUGCUGUGGCCCUGGCUGGGACGUUGGAUUAA